AUGGCGAGUAUUAGUGUUGGCAGGAUUUCUGAAUUUAAUCCAAGUGAGGAGGACAUUGUGCCCUAUUUGUUGCGCCUGAAACAUUUUUUCAAAGCGAACAAUGUUAAGAAGGAGAACGAGGUGUCGGUUUUAAUUACAGUUAUUGGUCCCAGGGUUUUAUCGGUCCUAUCCGAUUUAUUAUCACCGGUAGAGGUAGAUUCUAAGACCUAUGAUGAACUUGCAGCGUUGUUGAAAUUACAUUAUGCGCCCAAGAAGUUGGUUGUGGCGGAGCGAUAUGUAUUCUACUCUCGUGUGCAAAAGCCGGGCGAAAGCAUAGCGGAGUUUGUGGUUUCAAUAAAACAUUUGGCUAGUUCGUGCAAAUUUGGUACCUUUUUGAAAGACGCUUUGAGGGACAAAGUGAUUUCCGGCAUUUCUAAUGAAACUAUCCGGCAGAAAUUGUUGUCGGAGGAAUUGGACUUUGACGAAGCUUAUGCGUUAGCGCUCAGGCUGGAACAGGCCGAAUCGCAGUCAAGCCUAUUUGUGCAACCUCGUGGGGACAUUGCGAAAAUCAAUGUGAAAAGUCAAAAUAGACCUAAAACUUUCAUGCAUAGGAGUAGUGAAAAUCAAAAUUCUAGAAACUCUUGCUGGAGGUGUGGUUCUGCUGGUCAUUGGCCUAGUGCGUGUGCGUUCGCCAGUUACAAGUGUCAUGGUUGUCAGAGAGUAGGUCAUCUCAAGAAAGUGUGUAAAGCCAAGAAAUCUUCUAGUUUCCAUGGUAAAAAGUCGACACCUAGGAUGGGGGUCCAUCAAGUGGAGGAAGAGGUUGGCCUAGGCCUAGAAGUUCCAAUGGCAGAGAUAGGUUUGUACAACCUUAAAUCAGGAUCAGACAACGGCUAUAAGGUAGGCCUAGUGGCUAAUGAUGUAUAUUUAGAAAUGAUUCUAGAUACAGGCAGUGCCUUGACUAUAUGUCCUUCUGAGAUAUUUUAUGACAAAUUUUCUAACCUCAAACUUAGGCCAGCAAAUGUGAAACUUACUACUUAUUCAGGUCAUGAUGUACCUGUUCUGGGACAAGUGAAUGUCAAUGUUAAGUAUAAUAAUCAGCAGGCGAGUUUGCCUUUGACAGUAGUUAGUUUAGAAAGUAAGAGUCAGCCGAUUCUGUUGGGGCGAAACUGGUUAGGCCAGUUGAGGUUAGAUUGGCAAAAUGUGUUUUCAUGUAAAGCCACUGUGGAUCACAGUUCUGAUUUGGACAUUGCUAAAUUGAAGAGUAAAUUUAAGUCAGUUUUUCAGCCUGGAACGGGCGAAAUUAAGGGUGUUAAGGCUCAUAUUGUCUUAAAGGAGGGGACAGUCCCUAAGUUUUGUAAGGCGAGACCAGUGCCUUUUGCGUUAAGGGAGAAAGUUGAGAGUGAGUUGGACCGCAUGGUUCAAGAGGAUGUUGCGUACAGAGUUACUAAUUCACAGUGGAGCACUCCACUUGUGGUUGUCCCUAAGCCUAAUGGUGUUAGGCUUUGUGCCGAUUAUAAAAUUACUCUUAAUCAGUGUAUUGAAAUGGAACAUUAUCCGCUUCCUCAGGCUCAAGAUAUUUUUGCAACUCUAGGCGGUUGCUCAGUUUUUAGCUGCCUUGAUCUUUCAAAUGCGUAUCAGCAAUUGGCGGUAGCGGAUGAAUCGCAACAUCUGUUGACCCUAGCUACCCAUAAGGGUCUGUAUCGUUUAAAAAGGCUACCAUAUGGUUUGUCUUCAGCUCCUGCAAUUUUUCAGUCAGCCAUCGACCAAAUUUUAACAGGUCUUCCAGGAACGGUGGCGUACUUAGAUGACGUCUUAGUGGCAGCUCGCUCUAAGGAAGAGGGGCUUGCCCGUCUGGCGCAGGUGCUGCAACGCCUUGAUGAGUUUGGUGUUCGAGUAAACCAACAAAAGUGUAAGUUUUUGCAAUCUUCAAUAGAGUAUUUAGGACAUGUGAUUACUCGAGAUGGUCUCCGUCCACAAGAAAGUUUGUUAACUGCGCUGCGUAAAGCGCCUGAGCCUAGUACUAAGGAAGAGUUACGAGCCUAUAUUGGUCUUAUAAAUUAUUAUCAUGCAUUUAUACCUAACCUGUCUGCUAGAAUAAGCUGUUUUUAUGACUUAUUACAUAAGGAUCAUCCAUGGGUGUGGUCGGAGGUGUGUUCUAAGACUUUUCAGGAGAGUAAAUCAUGGGUGUUGGACUCAAGUUUGUUAGUUCACUAUGAUGUGAAAAAGCCCAUAGUUCUGACAUGUGAUGCGAGUCCCAGAGGGGUGGCUGCUGUUCUAUCUCAUCUUAUCGAUGGGCAGGAAAGGCCAAUUGCCUUCGCAUCGAAAACGCUAAGUUCCAGUGAACGGAAUUAUUCCCAGUUACAUCGGGAGGCUCUGGCUUUGAUCUUUGGAGUCAAAAAAUUUUCAUAA